AUGAAGACUUUGAAGGCAAAAUUCAAAAAGACGGAGAGUCAGGACUGGAGUAAGAACGAUGAGAAGUUACUGCAGGCGGUGGAGCAGAACGAACCCGACAAAGUCGCCGCCCUGCUGGUGAAGAAAGGGCUUUGCGCUUCAAAGCUGGACUCUGAGGGAAAGUCAGCAUUCCAUCUCUGUGCAUCCAGAGGUCGAGUGGACUGUCUGGAAGUCAUUGUGUCACACGGCGUCGACAUCAACAUGACAGAUGGCACUGGCUUCAGCGCUCUGCACCUCGCUGCGAAGAACGGCCAAUCAGAGUGUCUGAAGAGGCUCCUGCAGGAGCGGUUGGCAGUUGACUUAACGGACACCUUUGGGAGAACGUCUCUUCACCACGCCGCUGUGAGUGGGUGUCUGAACUGCACGGAGGUCCUGUGGGAUUUUAAGGCUAAUCUCGACGCCCAGGAUGGUGAUGGAGCGACUCCCCUGAUCCUUGGAGCCCAGAUGAGCAGAGUGGAGCUGUGUUCCUUCCUCCUGGAUCGCGGGGCUAAUCCCAACAUACAGGACAGUCAGGGCAGGUCAGCUCUGAUGCUAGCCUGUGAGAGCGACAGUUUGGAGACAGUGGAAGUUCUGUUGAAGGGCGGGGCUAACCCGCAGCUGACCGACGCUUUGGGGCAUAACGCCGCCCACUAUAGCGUCACUGCCGGCAACCAACGCAUCACCCAGCUGCUGCAGUCUGGAGGUACAGUUGCUGAGGGAGCGAGUGAGGAGGCAGAAGAUGAGGAGGUGUUUGAGGAGAUCCGUAAACUGAGACUGGAGAGGGGUCGUUUGCUACAGAAGAUUAAGAACCUGGAGCAGCAACAGAACACUGCCACCUCUGCACUGGAGGAGCUGACUGAGCUGAGGGAGCGUUUGAGCCAGUCACAGGCAGAGCGAGACGCCUUACAGGCUGAACUGGAGAAGCUGAGAGGGGCUCAGGUCAGUGGACUGCCCAGCGACUCGGACGACGCCGAGGACUCAGACGACAUGCUGGACUUCCCAGGGGCUGAGAAGCUGCUGUCGAGGCAAACACGGGGUCUCGGUGCAGAGAUGUCUGAUGGAAAGGAUGACGGUGCGUUUCAAGGGGGAGGAGACUCCACAGCGCCCCCAGGUGGCCUGGAAGACUCAGAGACUUUGUCUGAGCUCCGCAAACAGGUUGAGGAGCUUACUGCCCAAAACACAGAGCUUAGUCUUAAAGUACAGAUGUUGGAGAUGUUUGAGAAGGACGACACAGACAUGCAGAACCCUGGUCCAGACUUUGUGCCUGUGGAGCUGUACGACUCCCUGAGGAAGGAGUUUGAGGAGCUGCAGGAGCGUUACUCCAGAGUCCAGGCCUCCACAGAGGCCUCCAGCGUGGCUGAGGAGGAACAAGGGUCUGACGACAAGCCAGAGGAGGCGCCUGGGGAAGAGGACAAGAGCGAGGAGGUGCCAGGCUCAGAAGAGGAGCAGGAGGAGGAGGUGAAAAAGCUUCGGGAACAGCUGGUCCAAACCCAGGCGGAAUUAGAGGAGCUGAGGGAACAGGUGCGACUGGGGGUCUACUCUGUCGAGGUGGCUGACGAGGCAGGGGGGCCGGACCAAGAGACCCAGCAGCUCAGGGAUAGGGUGAGAGAGCUGGAGGAGGAGCUUGCAGAGAAACGGAAGGCGGAGCAAAGCGAGGGUGACGGAGACGCGGUCAGACAGCUGCGGCAGAGGGUGGAAGAGCUGGAGGCGGCUCUGAGAGAGAAAGACGUCGAGAAAGAGGCGUUGGAACGGGAGAAGGAGAAACAGACGAAAGAGGAGGGGGUGCAGGGCAAGACGAUACAGGGUCUGAGAGACAGGGUGGCUGAGCUGGAGCAAGCCCUGGCGCAGAGCCGGGUGGAGAACAAGGUGGAGGAGGAGGAGGAGGAGGAGGAGGCGGGUGACGGGGGGUCGGCGGACGGGUUACGGGCUCAACUCAAGGAGCUGGAGGCAGAGCUCGGGGACAGCGUCCCCCGCAGUCAGAUGGAGGAAAUGCAGGUGAGUCUGGGCCUCCAGUUGGAGCAGCUUGCCCGGGAACGGGCGGAGGCGUCCAUGAGGCUAAACGAAGCCCUGCUGGAGCUGGAGAGGCUCCGCCCUCCGGCCAACGAAGACGAGGAGGAGGAGGAAGAGGAUGAGGAAGAGGAGGAACGGUCGGAAAGUUCUGGACGCUCCAUCGUUUCUGAUCGCUCGCUGCGGCUGUCGGAGAGCAGGACUCUGGCCGCGGUGCGAGAGGAGCUGGAGGUGGCGCGACAGGAGGCGGCACAGGCGCUGGAAAACCUCUGCGCGGAGAGAGAGGGGCGGGCGCAAGACGCCCUGGAGCUGAAAGGCGCAGUUCCCCUGGCCAAGCACCAGGAGGCGCUCUCCGCCAUCUCCCUCCAGCUGGGCCAGACUGAGAAAGAACUCCAGACCGAGAGAGCGCGGUACGAACACGCCCAGUCUGAGGUCACGAGGCUGGAGGUGGACCUUCGGGCCAUCAAAGAGGAUCACAUGAGUAAGGAGGAACAUGAGAAAGUCAAGGCCGAGCUGCAGCGCCUCCUGGAGGAGAGUCAGGGCAAGGCGGCGUCUGCGCAGGAGGCUCUGGGCGAGAAGGAGUCGGAGUUGAGGGAGCUGAGGUCUCAGAAAGCUCUGGAACAGGGCCUGGUCUCUCAGGAAGACCACGAAGCCCAGAGACUGUCCCUGCAGGCGGAGAUUAACACCCUCACCGCCCGUUUGACUGACCUGACGCGCAAACACGAGAAAACCUGUACUGAGGUGUUCCAGGUGCAGAGGGAGGCUCUGUUUAAUAAGAGUGAGAGGCAGGUGGCUGAGGCCCAGUUAGCCACGGUACAGCAGCAGCUGUCUGACCUCCAGGCCCAGUCCACACAUGUCCAGCAGCUUCACAAGGAGAUCCAGGACUCACAGGGACUCAUUAAAGAGAAGGACCGCAAGAUCACCGAGCUGUCUAAGGAGGUUUUCCGUCUGAAAGAGGCUCUCGGGGCAUUGACUCCCCCGUUGGGUCUGCCCCCAGCCGGGAACCCUGGCCUGCAGAUGGCGCUACAGAACCGUGUGUCCGCACUGACGCAAGAGCUCCAGGAUUGGGAACGGAAGCACAAAGCAGUGGUUUCCAUCUAUCGCUCGCACUUACUGGCUGCCGUGCAGGGCAGGAUGGAUGAGGAGGUGCAGGGACUCCUGCUGCAGAUUCUUCGAAUGUCACAAAAGGACCAGAACCAUUAA